AUGGUAGAUCAAGAUGGAACACCAAAGAAGAAACAAAGGCAAGCUCGUCGUGAAACUAAACUUAAAGAAAAAAAGCUUUUAGAACCAUUUGUGACUUGUCUUGAAUAUCUAACUAGUGAUCAAAUAGAUCAGGUUAAAGAAGUAUUAGGAAAUAAAUGGGAUAAGAAUCAGAUUAAUCAAUAUAUAUCUCAUUAUAG